AUGCCGUCCCGUGGCGGCCGCGUCUCCAAGGGCCCCUCCUUACCUCUCAACCUCCUCCGUGAGAUUGGAGUCGAUGGUGCGAGCUCCAAGGGUAGAGGCAGGCCAAACCGAUCAGGGGGUAGGACCUUUGAGAGAAGACCCGACCGUGGAGGCGAUAGGAGGGCCGGUAGGCCCAAAGGUUCUUUACAGGCGCCACAUAGGGCCGUCGACGCCACUAAGAAGCCAAAUUUGAAGCGCGGCCAACGAAGACACGAGACGGACUCGGAAGGCUCAGAGGAGAGCUCCUCAGAGGACCAGGACGAGAGCGGUUUGGAGGAUGAGGAUGGCUACGGAGACGAAGACGAGGACGAGGACGAUGACGAUGACGUAGAUGUCAGCGAUGACGAGGCGCUUACCAAAGAGAAAGGCCUACCAAAGGCGGUGCGGGAUAAGAUUGCCGAGGACGACAAAGAGAUUGCUGAGCUUGAAAGGAGACUCGGCAUCAAGGGCCGCAAAGGGCUGCCAAAGUCUUUUAAGGAAGACGGACUGGGCGAUCUGCUGGAGGGCAUCGACGAGGCCGUCGGGAUAGAAAGCAACGAAAAGAAGAAGAGAAAAGCAGAAGCGGACGAAUGGCUAGCUCAGAAACGGCAAAAGGCCAACCAGACAACCCGAAAGGUUGAACAGAACGACGAUGAUGAGGGCAGCGGCAGCGAGGACGACGAGAUUGACGAGGAUGACUUUGGCAUUGAUGAUGAGAGCUCCCAAGAUGGAGGCUCUGAUGGCGAUUUCGAAGGCUUCGAGUCUGACCCGGAAACCGUAUCCGCACCUAAGCCGCAACGAGAAAACCCAUACGUUGCGCCCACGUCAGGGGUCACCGUGGCCAAAUAUAUCCCUCCAUCCAUGAGGGCAAAAACGGGGUCAGACGAUGAGCUCAUGUUGAGAAUACGACGUCAGACACAAGGUCUGGUGAACAGGUUAACGGAUGCGAAUUUGAUUUCUAUAUUGGGCGAGAUCGAAAAGCUCUACCGGGAACAUCCAAGGCAGCACGUCACUUCAACGUUGGUCGAUCUACUUCUGGUUCAGGUUUGCGACCCUUCCAGUCUUCCCGACACUCUCUUGAUUCUCACGGCUGGCUUCGCCACCGCCGUAUACAAGGUCAUAGGUAUGGAUUUUGGAGCAUACCUAGUACAGACCACAGCGGAAAAGUUCAAAGAGCACUACGGGAAAACUGUUGAUCGCACACGAGAGCAAGAGGAGGUCACCAAGGAAACGUCAAAUAUCAUCACUUUCCUAUCCCAGAUGUACAACUUCCAAAUGAUUGGUUGCAACUUGGUUUUUGACCACAUCCGUUUUCUCCUUGGCGAGCUUUCGGAGCUUAACGCUGAGUUGCUGUUGAGGAUAAUUCGAAUGGCGGGAAAACCAUUGCGACAGGAUGAUCCAAUGGCACUGAAGGAUAUUGUGGCGCUCAUCCGCCCAGCAAUGGCAAAAGUUGGGGAGAACAAUGUCUCAGUCCGAACCAAGUUUAUGAUUGAAACGAUCAACGACUUGAAGAACAACAAGAUGAAGGCCGGUGCAAGCGCGUCAGCCAUCAACACGGAACACACAACCAGGAUGAAGAAGCUUCUAGGUACGUUGAGCUCUAGGAAGCUCAAGGCAACGGAGCCAUUGCGCAUGGGCCUCAAGGACAUCGAGGAGGCCGACAAGAAGGGCAAAUGGUGGCUGGUUGGGUCAAGUUGGGCCGGCAAAGACCAGACGGAUAAGAGAACUUCUGAUAAGCCUGAAGCCGAAGAGACAAGCGACGUCGACGAUUUAGACAUUUAUGAUGACGACGACUUGGACGUCGACCUUGAAGCCCUAGCCCGACGGUUGAUGUUGAACACAGACAUCAGAAGGUCCAUCUUCUUUGCGGUCAUGUCAGCACUCGAUUUUGAGGAUGCAUACCGAAACCUUCUGAAGCUGAGAUUGAACAAGGAGCGACAAAGGGAGGUCUCGCACGUCUUGAUUCAGUGCUGCGGCUCGGAAGAGCAGUACAAUCCAUAUUAUGCUCUGGUGGCGCGCAAAAUAUCCAGCGAUGACCGCAGGAUGAAGUGGAACUUCCAAGACACAUUGUGGAAGUUCUUCAGGCGCUUGGGCGAAUCGCUCUUCGACGAGGAAGCCGACGAGGUAGACGAUGAAGACGACAAGGCCACAGAGCUGCGCCGCAUCGUCAACAUUGGAAAGUUCUAUGGCAACCUAAUACACGAGGGCGUCCUCGGCCUAGACGUCCUCAGGUGCCUUAACUUUGUCUACCUAAAACCCAAGACCAAAAUGCUGGUUGAGGUCAUUUUGGUCACUGCCCUGCUGGACUUCCCAUGCAAGAAUCGCGCAGGGGCAGAUGAGGUUAUUCGCAAAAUGUUCACACUGCCGGGGAAACCAGAGUUUGCGAGGAGCCUGAAGUACUUUAUGGAAAAGGUCAUGCGCAAGUCUGAGCUGGGAGGCGACAAGAAGAGGACCAAAGUACUCCGAAGACGGGAGAAUGUCGCAGAGCAGUCGUCGCCCCGAACUCGCUGUCGAGAUGGAGGAGGUCAUAUGCUUCGGAAGCUGGACCUUGUCAUCAUUGGCGGAGGUGUCGCUGGCUACGUUGCUGCCAUCAAGGCUGGCCAGCAGGGCAUGAAGGUUACUUGCAUCGAGAAGCGCGGAACCCUUGGCGGCACAUGUCUUAACGUUGGAUGCAUUCCCUCAAAAUCUCUCCUCAACAACUCGCACCUGUACCACCAGAUCCUCCACGACACCAAGAACCGCGGUAUUGAGGUCGGCGAUGUCAAGCUCAACCUCCAGCAGCUCAUGAAGGCCAAAGACACCUCGGUCGGUGGCCUUACCAAGGGCGUUGAGUUUCUGCUCAAGAAGAACGGCGUCGAGUACCUCAAGGGAACCGGCUCCUUCGUCAACGAGCACGAGAUCAAGAUUGCACUCAACGAUGGUGGCGAGACCAGCCGCACUGCCAAGAACAUUCUUAUCGCAACCGGUAGCGAGGCGACCCCUUUCCCCGGCUUGGAGAUCGAUGAGAAGAGGGUUGUGACCAGCACCGGCGCUCUUUCCCUCGAGAAGGUUCCCGAAACCAUGACCGUCAUCGGAGGCGGUAUCAUUGGUCUCGAGAUGGCGUCUGUGUGGUCUAGGCUCGGAGCCAAGGUUACCGUUGUCGAGUACCUUGGCCAGAUCGGUGGACCCGGCAUGGACACUGAGAUUUCUAAGUCGGCGCAGAAGAUCCUGAAGAAGCAGGGUAUCGAGUUUAAGCUUAACACGAAGGUCAACGGUGGUGACACCACUGGCGACAAGAUCAAGCUCGAUAUUGACGCCGCCAAGGGUGGCAAGGCUGAGUCGAUCGAGUCCGAUGUCGUCCUUGUUGCCAUUGGCCGUCGCCCGUACACUGGUGGGCUCGGUCUGGAGAACAUUGGCCUGGAGACCGAUGACAGGGGUCGUGUCGUCAUCGACUCGGAGUACCGCACCUCGCACCCCCACAUCCGCUGCGUUGGUGAUGUUACCUUUGGCCCCAUGCUGGCACACAAGGCUGAGGAGGAGGCUGUAGCGGUCGUUGAGUACAUGAGCAAGGGCUAUGGCCACGUCAACUACGCCGCCAUCCCUUCGGUCAUGUACACACACCCCGAGGUUGCUUGGGUUGGUCAGAGCGAGCAGGAUCUUCAGAAGUCUGGCGUCCAGUACCGCGUCGGUACCUUCCCCUUCAGCGCCAACUCUCGUGCCAAGACCAACCUCGACACUGAGGGUAUGGUCAAGAUGCUUGCGGACCCCGAGACGGACCGUAUCUUGGGCGUGCACAUCAUCGGCCCCAACGCCGGUGAGAUGAUUGCUGAGGGCACUCUGGCCCUUGAGUACGGAGCAUCGAGCGAGGACAUUGCCAGGACUUGCCAUGCCCACCCCACACUGGCUGAGGCUUUCAAGGAGGCCGCCAUGGCCACUCAUGCCAAGGCCAUCCACUUUUAA